AUGUUACAAGAGCUGAAUUGUGCAUCCAGACAGGUGGGCCUAAGUAUGAAUUUACAAAAGACCAAGAUCAUGUCCUCUAAAAACAUAAAAGUGACCAUCGAUAAAGUAACCAUCCAAAAUGUAGAGGAAUAUGUGUACUUGGGCCAUACCAUCAAACUGAGCAAACAAAACCAGACGGCGGAGAUUGCAAGACGGGUCAGUUUGAGUUGGGCAGCUUUUGGUAAGUUAAGGUAUAUUAUCAUCAGGAGGAUGGGACUCAAAGUGGCGCCCCAGAAAACCGAGGCCAUCUUUUUACACGAUGGCUCUCGCGGGGCGCCGCCGAGAGUCCACAUCACAGUGGAGGACACCCCAAUAGAGGUGGGGACCUGUAUGAAAUACUUGGGUCUCCACCUCGACAGUAAGUGGACCUUCAAAGAACACUUCCGCCGCAUAUCCCCCAAGGUGGAAAGGGCAGCAAUGGCACUACAACGCCUGCUGCCCAACCUUGGGGGACCUGGUGGAGGUGUAAGGAGGUUGUACGUCGGGACUAUACAUGCCAUGCUGCUGUACGGAGCCCCAGUGUGGUCAAGAUGCCUGGAGGCUGCCCGCGGUCCUAGAAAUACACUAAGACAAGUGCAGAAGCGGGUGGCUAACAGGAUUAGCAGGGGCUACCGUACGGUCAGCUGGACGGCAACGGGGGUACUCUCCGGAGUGCCCUCCGUCGAGAUGCUCGCCCGCAUGUAUGCGGAAGUGUACACGCGCACACGUGCGUACCAGCGGGCGGGCAUCACUUUGACGGAUAGUCUCCGGCGUGCUGUGAGGGUCCACUCCCGACGGGCGCUGAUCCAAAAUUGGAAGGAGUUCCUGGCAGACCCAACACUGCCGGGACAGUGCACCGUCGGGGCAAUACGGCCCUGUCUAGAGAACUGGCUAGACAGGGCCAAGGGUGGGGUGUCCUACCACAUGACGCAGGUGCUCACCGGGCAUGGUUGCUUCGGUGAGUACCUGCAAAGAAUCGGGAAGGAGCGCACGACGCGGUGCUAUCACUGCGGCCACGAGCGCGAUACCGCCCAGCACACACUCGCCGAGUGUGUCGCCUGGGCGGGUGAAAGAGUGGAGCUCGUGGCCGCAGCAGGGAUGGAUCUGUCAUUGCCCUCAAUAGUGGGGGCAAUGACAGAUAACGAAGAUGUUUGGAGGGCGUUCUCCUCCUUCUGCAGCAAGGGUAUGCCAAAGAGCAAUGGAAAGAUCAAUGUUAGGGAUCAGUCUUAG